UUCUUCUCGCAAUUUAUUUAUUGCAAUUCCCUAGGGAAAUCCCCUGGUAAUUUUUUCAGGAGUUUCUCCGUCGGAGCAGUUACUUUAUUAUUUUUCAGAGGAACUGCUAAAAGAAAUUCCCUAAGAGAAUUUGCGAAAAAACCCGGUUAAAUGCCUGAAUAAAUUUCCGGAGGCAUUCCUGAAGACAUUCACAAACAAUUUGUUGGUUGUGCUAACGUAAGAAUAUUCACGAUCACAAGACACUGUUGGAGAAAUUCUUCAAAAAAAAAAAAAAAAGAAAAUUGUGUAAAAAUUGCCGGAGGGCCAACAAAUUGCUACAAAUUGAUGAACAACAAAUUGUUAGUGGAAUUUCUGCAUGGACUUGUGAAGCAACUAACGAAGCAACUAGAAAAUAUGUGAAGGAAAAACUAAAGAAAAUUUCAAAGGAAUUUCUAAAUACUUGAGUUGCUGGAUGAAUCUUGAUGAAUUUCUAAAAAGUAUCAUAAGGAAAUUGUUAGAAAAAAUGACGAAGGAAUUUCUAAAGAAAAAGUAAAAGGAAUCUCAUCAAAUUGCUGGAAUACAGCAUGACAAAUUAAGUGAGGAUUUUUUUAAGAAAAAUAUUGAAAGAAUUUCCAUUAAAUGGUAGAAAAAUAUCUCAUGGAAUAGUCAGAAUUUCUUUAAAAAACUGUUUGAAUAAUUUCGAGAGAAAUUUCUUGAAGAACUGGUGGAGAAACUAACGGAACAAUCCCUUUAAAUACAUUGAAAUACUUUGGGACAGUUUAACGAUGUAUAAAUUGAGUUUCAAAGAAAUUUUUGGUUAUUCAUGGAGGAAUUCUUAUAACAAUUUCCUCAGGAAUUCUUAUACAAAAUGAUUCAGAAGUAUUCAGUUUAGUCAAAUUUUUGGCAUCUUGAAAUCUAAGAGGGGUUUCCUAAAGAUUCAGAUUGGCUUUAGGGGAAUGUAAGGUAGUUUCAGCGGGUCACAGGGGUUUCAACGGGACAUCAAUUCGGUUUCAGGGGGGUUCAGAGGAGUUAUAAAGAGUUGCCGAAGGUUUCAUGGGAUUUAAGGGAGUUAUUCAUAAUACUGCAAGUUUAUCACUAGUAACGCUUGUAGAUUUGGUGGCCUAUACUCCAAGGAGUUCCAUGAGACUGGUUUCAGUUAUAUACCAACGGAUUUUUUGGAUACCCAUACAAAUUUAUUGACAAAGUAUAUAGAUGUAUGAGGCUGUGUGAGUAAAUAACUAAUUCAAAAUAUAGUAAAGGUCACUAGUUACGCUGCUAGAAUCAAAGACUUUAACUCAGGAGUACGAACGCUCCACAUCUCUGCCGACCUUUCCGGGAAAUCUCUCUACAGGGUGCGGCAGGAAAAAAUGCGAAAAGUUCAAGGCACUAUUACACGCUAAAUAUAGGAUAUAUAGUUAUGGACAUCCCUAGGCUCUACCCACGAUGUUCAGGUAUCCGCCUAUCGUGGACUAGAUGCUGACAAAGCAGUAUCACCCUUGGAGACACUGAGCAUAACCCCCAUACCAGAAUACCCUUUGGACUCCGAGCAUAUUGAUGACACGAUAAAUCGAUACCGGCGCACAGUAACACCGACCAUCCAACGCAACCCAGAACAACCAGGCCAGUUGCCAUCCGGUGAACUUUUGCUGACAUCGAGAAAGCAUCGAACUCAAUCGGAGGACACAGGUGUGCCCUCGGUCUGGUCUGGCUCGAUCAGUCAGUUGGAAGUGAACGUUUGAAUCGAUAGGUCUAAUAGUCAGUUGAAAGCCCUUCUGGCCCAGUAUAAGUGUUAGAAAGUGUGAAAUGUAAAAUUAUAAACAAGAACAUAAUAAAAGUGAUGGGAUUAGGGUAAAUUUGAAACAAGUAGUUUUUUAAAAACCCUAAUGUGAAGUCCCGUCCAUUUUUGGCGCAGUCGUACGGAACACUCUACGUGCAGUGCUAGUUUUUGGAAGACAAUCUAGUGACAAAACCCGAUCCGUGGUAAUUGGACAGUAGUGCGAAAACCGAAAAUUAGUGUCGAAUUGACGACAUCGGACGUGCCGGUAACCAAGGACUAAAAGUGUAACUGACUUGCGCAGGAUUCAGCAUUAAGUAGACGCUUAGCCCAACCCGUGGCGAAGCAAGAAACUAGUGACUAUCUCCAGUGAUCAUCAGGAACCAGGCUCUUGGAAACCAUCCCUCAACCCGUAGGUGAUUUGCGCCGCCCGACACGAAAACUGCAUCGGUGGGUUUCAACCCUUUAAGAGUGUCGAACCCUCGAAGAUGACACACAAACACCCGAUACUUUUUUGUCUUACAAUUAUGAUGUUUUUCAAUCCUAUUUACUCUGCUUACUUGGAAAUCCUUGAACUUAAUGAAAAUCCCGGUAUAGUUGCGUUCAAGACUAAUUCAGUCUUUAUAAAAGAAGGAUCUCACACACUAUUCCAUAGAUUUAAUUUAUUUUCCUUUACCGUCGUUCUCAAGCAGUAUGAAUCCAUUAUUUUGAACAUUGAAGAAAACCCAAAGAUAGCAGAACUAGUUAAAAUUCUUAAACAAAAGCAGAGUCAGGCUUAUUUUAUCCUUGAAAAUUUAACCGCUAGAAGUAGAAAAACAAAACGAUCUCUUAAUUUUCUUGGGUCUACCUUAAAAAUGAUUACAGGGAAUCUCGAUAAUGAAGAUUUGUUAAAAAUAGAAAACCAACUUGAAAUUCUUAAAAAUUCAAAUAACCUUUUAGUAACAGAGAAUAAUGAACAAAUUCAAAUUAAUAAAUUGUUUGAGGAAAGGAUUAACAAUAUUACUAAACAAGCUUAUAGACAGUCUAGGGAAAUAGAUAGCAUCAUUAAACAGACAAGACUGAGCUUAGACAGACCUGUCGAAUGGGAACAUCUCCUGCACCUACACAACAUCAUCUUCAACAUCGACAUGACCAACCAGCAGCUGUCUACAAUUUUCGAGGCCAUUCAGUUGUCCAAGUUGGGUUUAAUUUCAAAGGCUUUCUUACAACCAUCAGAGCUAGAAUUUGCAACGAAUCUGUUGGAGUCACAAGGCGUGGUGAUUAACAGCUAUGACCAAGUUUAUGAGUUUUUGGAACCCAUAGCAUUCCACAAUAACUCAGACAUAAUCCUACUCAUAAAAAUUCCUAAAUUCAGGCAAGGAGAAUUUGUGCAACUCCAAAUAGAAGCCAUUCCACGACAGUUUAAAAUCAUACCGAUAAAUGCAACAAAAGCCAUUGUUGGUAACAAUGAGUCUUACCUAAUUUCCCAUCCAUGCAUGAACAUCGAGCGUAGCAUCAUCUGCGACGUCCAGAUCUUGAUUAACACUUCAAAUGACGGAUGCUUACAUGAGUUACUAAGAGGAAGUACGGGUAACUGUACCUUCAUUAGAUCUCCAAUGAAACCUGACACAAAGGAAAUCGAGAAUCUCGGACUGUUAGUUAAAAACUCUGUUGAUCCGACUUCGAUGCAAAACAGUUGUGGAUAUGGUCCGAGGAAUUUAACAGGAACGUUUCUCAUAUCAUUUAGAGAUUGUUCCAUCACCCUCAACGGAAAAACCUUUACCAGCAAAACAUUCAGAGGAGAAUCCAGACCUGUCAUCUUACCCCUACAUUCAGUUAGCGUAGAUGAGUCACAGACAGAACCAGAAUCCAUUGACUAUAUGGAACAACUGCACAUUAGGAAUCGUCAUAAGCUGGAGCACUUAGAAACAGCAAACAAAAGGACUAAAGUGCUCAACAUAGUAGGAAUAGUUCUCAUCACAUGCUUCGUAGCAGUAAUUUUCGCUUUUCUUACGAGAGAAGUUCGUAAACUCAAAAUGAAGCUGACAAUACGGAUCCCUGCAAACAAUGCGUUGGAAAGCUCUCAAACAAUAUUGAACCGAGACGGUUCAAACUAAGGCGGGGGAAGUUAUGGACAUCCCUAGGCUCUACCCACGAUGUUCAGGUAUCCGCCUAUCGUGGACUAGAUGCUGACAAAGCAGUAUCACCCUUGGAGACACUGAGCAUAACCCCCAUACCAGAAUACCCUUUGGACUCCGAGCAUAUUGAUGACACGAUAAAUCGAUACCGGCGCACAGUAACACCGACCAUCCAACGCAACCCAGAACAACCAGGCCAGUUGCCAUCCGGUGAACUUUUGCUGACAUCGAGAAAGCAUCGAACUCAAUCGGAGGACACAGGUGUGCCCUCGGUCUGGUCUGGCUCGAUCAGUCAGUUGGAAGUGAACGUUUGAAUCGAUAGGUCUAAUAGUCAGUUGAAAGCCCUUCUGGCCCAGUAUAAGUGUUAGAAAGUGUGAAAUGUAAAAUUAUAAACAAGAACAUAAUAAAAGUGAUGGGAUUAGGGUAAAUUUGAAACAAGUAGUUUUUUAAAAACCCUAAUGUGAAGUCCCGUCCAUUUUUAUAUAUGUGUAUUUUUUUCAUGACAGUGUAUCAGUCAAUGUCUAUAUUCUAGCACUGAAAAAUAAAAAUGAACAUAUUUGAUGUUUAACAUGUGAUAAUGUAGGCCUAAUAAGCGGAUAUUAAUAAACUGCGCGCCCAAUGGUCAUUAAACAAAAUGACUAUAACAGUAACAAAAUUAGCUCAAAUUCGAUGAACAACCAGACCACACUGAUCCAGAUCCAUGUAGUUUCACAUACCAGAUGAAAUAGGUACAUAUAUUUGAUGAUAUUGUAGAGAAAAUCAAAAAUUUUGUUUUAUCAGAUGCGAAAUUUAGCGACCUGUGCGAUUUUUUGCGGUUUGAAAAUUCUGGUUGUCUUCAUCUUCAGGCGUCGCGCUGUAAAGGUUAGUGACCAAAAUGCGAAAUUUUUUAAUUAACUUUUCAGAAAACUAGCCUAUUAUAGAUCAUGGAACGUUGAAACAUAGAUUGGUUAAUGUCAAAUGGACGAAAAUUUAAGUUUAAGUUUGAAGUUGAAAAACACUUUCGUAUUUUUUCCUGCCGCAUACUGUAAACCCUCAGAUGGAAACCUUCAUCUGCUCUAAAUACAAUCAAAUUAAAUUCAAGUAACGUAACUUUAAUUGAGAUUCCUGAAAAGAAUUUUCAUAAAUAAAUUCUACCUAAAUGGAGGCUCUAGUGUAUUCCAACU